GAGUGGUUCUCAGCCGCCAGGCACGCUGGUGAGGAGAGCGCGGAAGAGCAGCUGCUGCUGUUACAGCUCUGCUGCCAGCUCCACUCCUCCUGAUGCCAUUCCUACCUCCAGGAUUUUUCCCUGACUCACAGCAUCACCAUCCAAAAGUCUCCCUGGAGGAAGGUAUCUGCCUACUGGUUUGUCUUUUUAUCAUUUGCCUCAUCCGCGGGAGAACGGAGAAAAAAAGCCAUAAGCAAUCAGCUUGCCUGUUUCUUUUUCCUGCUUUAUUUCCCCUACCUCCAUUCUCUUCUUGUUGUUAAGAGGGUUAAAAUCUCCUUUUGGAAGGAGCUUUUCUAGGUACGUGAAUGGAGGGCAGUGAAUUGGAAGAGGUGAGCAGCUGGCAGAAGAUGUGAGAGCUAGAAGGGCCAUGCUGUGGGAGUGGUCCCUGCUUUGUGUGCAAGCGAGGCAGUGAGUGUGCAGCCUCCCACACUGGGCGCAUCUUUUUUUGGAUGCUGUGCAGUUCCCUGUGUGAAAUGCUUUUUUGGUUAAAAGAAGAAGAGAUGUCUCAUCAGGAGCUCACCCAGCGACUGACUACAGUUAUCACCCAUGUGGAUGAAAUCAUGCAGCAGGAGAUACGGCCGCUGGUUGCAGUGGAUAUAAUAGAACAGCUACACAGACAAUUUGCUAUCUUGUCAGGAGGAAGAGGGAAGGAUGGAGCACCAAUUAUUACCUUCCCAGAGUUUGCAGGAUUCAGUGAAAUACCCGAUGAGGAUUUUCUGAAUGUGGUCACGUACCUAACCAGCAUUCCCAGUCUGGAGGCUGCCAGCAUUGGAUUCAUCAUCAUCAUAGACAGACGACGAGACAAAUGGAGCGCAGUCAAGGCAUCUCUGACACGGAUAGCAGGAGCAUUUCCAGGAAACCUACAGCUGGUGUUUGUCCUGCGUCCCUCACGCUUUAUCCAAAGGGCAAUCGCUGACAUUGGCAUUAAACUCUAUCGAGAUGACUUUAAAAUGAAGGUACCGAUCAUCAUGCUAAAUUCUGUCUCUGAUCUUCAUGGCUAUAUUGAUAAAUGUCAGCUGACCCGGGAGCUGGGAGGAACCCUGGAGUACGGCCACAGUCAGUGGAUACAUCACCGAACUGCUAUUGAAAACUUUGCAAUGACAGUGAAAACAACAGCACAGAUGCUACAGACCUUUGGAACGGACUUAGCAGAGACUGAACUUCCCAAUGAUGUGCAAUGUACAGAGGAGCUCCUAUCUGCACACACUGACCACCAUAGCAAGCUGAAGGAUGAGCUGAAACUAGCUGUGAAGCAGGGGGCCACAUUACUGACAUGCAUUAGGGAGCCAGUCACCCGAAGUGCCAACAGCAAACUCAGUCCUGAUGAACUGGAGAAUGUGGCAACAGUGGAAAGGUUGUUGGCUCAGUUGGAUGAAACAGAAAAGGCUUUUGAUCAGUUUUGGACCAAGCAUCACCUAAAACUAGAACAAUGCUUGCAGCUUCGACACUUUGAACAUGAUUUUAGAGAAGUAAAAUUAAUAUUGGAUAAUCUCAUGGAAGCACAAGCAGGUUUUUCUGAUGUUGGAGACAGUGUGACUCGAGUAGAACACCUCCUAAGGGAACAGAAACAACUGGAAGAAAAAGGACAGGAACCUUUGGAGAAAGCCCAGACUCUAGCUCUCCAUGGAGAACAGCUCAUCCAAAACAACCAUUAUGCAGUUGACUCCAUUAGACCAAAGUGUGUUGAACUCAGGCGUAUUUGUGAUGACUUUACUAAUGAGACCAAGAAAAAGUAUGAUAUUUUGGGGAAGUCUCUUGAGCUGCAUAAGCAAUUAGAUAAGGCAAGCCAAUGGUGUGAAGCUGGAAUCUACCUCUUAGCUUCCCAAGCUGUGGACAAGUGCCAGUCACAAGAGGGAGCUGAAACUGCACUCGUUGAAAUAGAGAAGUUCUUGGCAACAGCAAAGGAGCAUCAACUCUCUAACCCAAAGGAGUUCUACAAUCAGUUUGACACGAUUCUCACACCUGAAAUAAAGGCCAAUGCCCAAAGGAUUUUACAAAAACUAGAAGAUGUACAAGAAAUGUUUGACAAGAGGCAAGUGAGUCUGAAGAAGCUAGCAGCUAAACAGACCCGUCCAGUACAACCUGUUGCCCCACAUCCUGAAUCUUCCCCGAAACGAGCAUCACCAAAAACUACCAGACCAGCAGGCGUAGCUACCAACAGGAGGUCUGCAGAAAUUACUUGUCCUCCAAAGUCCAUCUCUGAAGCAGAGUUAUCAAAAAAGAAAAGCAUUAAGAAGACUAAAGGUGGAAUUAAGAUUGAAGUGAUGCAUGAAGCGAGUCAAGGGGGAUCUAGCAGAGUCUUGGUUAUGAGUGAAAGUGAUGAGAAUCUGUCGACGAGGAGGAGCCACAUAAUCAAUGAGCUGAUAGAAACCGAGCGCGUUUAUGUGGAAGAACUUCAAAGCAUAAUAGAGGGCUAUGCUUCAGAAAUGGACAAUCCAAGUUUAUUACAUCUGAUUCCAUCAAUGCUCCAGAACAAGAAGGAUAUUCUAUUUGGGAACCUCCCAGAAAUCUAUGAAUUCCACAACAGGAUUUUCCUUAAAGAGUUAGAAAAUUGCAUUGAAAAUCCUGAGCUCCUUGCCCGAUGCUUUUUGAAAAGGAAAGAGGACCUCCAAAUAUAUGAAAAAUACUGUCAGAACAAGCCAAGGUCUGAAGCUCUCUGGAGACAGUGUGGAGACAGCAUCUUUUUUCAGGAAUGUCAGCGUAAAUUGGAUCAUAAGCUCUCACUAGAUGCGUAUCUUUUAAAGCCAGUCCAGAGAAUCACCAAGUACCAGCUGCUAUUAAAGGAAAUGCUGAAAUGUAGCAAGAAUUCAGAGGGUACUGCUGAACUGGAAGAGGCCUUGGCCACAGUGCUUGAUAUCAUCAAAUCCGUAAAUGACUCCAUGCACCAGAUAGCAAUCACAGGAUACGAGGGGGACGUAAGUGAACUUGGUAAGCUGUUGAUGCAAGGUUCCUUCAACGUGUGGACUGACCACAAGAAGGGUCACAACAAGGUGAAGGACUUGGCAAGAUUCAAACCAAUGCAGCGACACCUCUUUCUCUACACAAAGAUGCUGCUUUUUUGCAAGAAACGAGAGGAGAACACAGAUGGUCACGAGAAGACAGCUUCAUACAGCUUUAAAAAUUCAUUAAAGAUGAGCACAGUGGGCAUCACAGAAAAUGUAAAAGGAGAUAACAAGAAAUUUGAGAUCUGGUAUAAUGGCAGAGAAGAAGUCUAUAUCAUUCAGGCAUCUUCUGUUGAGCUGAAAAACACCUGGAUUUCUGAGAUACGCAAAGUUCUAACAGGACAACUGGAAGCGUGUAGAGAAGCAAGUCAACUACACCAAAGAAUCACUGAAAGUGUGUACCAUGCACCAAUGAAUUCCUCCAAUAUGGCCAGGUAUAGCAGAAAGUCAUCAAGCAUAUAUGAAAACAAAUCUGAGACAUCGAACGUGGAAGCAUCUAACAAUAAAAACAGGAAUUCUAGUCCCAGUGCCAGACAAAAGAGAGUUGAUGCUUCCACCAGCCUUAACCUUGAGCGCACAGCGCUUGCUAGAAAGCGAUUCACAUUGCAAGGUCUUUCCAACCGCAGAGCUCCACCCAAAGAUCCAGAAUCUAAGGAAAGAGAAGUUGCCCGUCGCUUUUCCCUAGCCUCCUCCAUCAGCACCACAGUUAAUGCAUCUGCUGUGACCAAAGGUCCCCUUGUUCCUGCAGUUAAAGUCAAGAGACAUGAAAUAAAGAGUGACCCAACUCCCCUGGGGUUUGAAGAUGCUUUUGAGAACACCAUACUGGCCCAGACUAAAUGUAGCACUGGUUCUACCACAAGACCCGUACCUAGAUCUGCUUCACAGACAGGUUGGCCCAGUAGGCAAAUGCCAUCUCUAGACACGUUUGAAGAUUUCGAAGCCAUUCCUUCCAGCAUGGAUGAACUCUCCAACUCUUCAGACAUGGAGGAAGAAACCAAUCCUAACAAUGGGACCAAUCUUUUUCGAGUAGAAGGCAGUUUUGACAGCUGUUUCCCAGAUUCUCUUACACUUGAGGAUGGAGAUCUAGUACAGUUUGUGCAGGAAGGAGAAAAUGGGCAAUGGUUAGUGAAGAAAUUGGUCUCGGAGAAAAGUGAGUGGGUUCCUUCCAGUAUAUUGCAGCCAGCAGAGGGGGACACUAACAACAUAAUUAAGAACAGUAAUGCAGACAUAUACAACGAUUCCUGCAGCAUGGCUUCGGUUGAGUCGGACACCAAGGAGAGUGAGGUGGCUAAAAGCUUCCCAGCAGAACAGAGGGCUGGCAGCUGAAUGGCAGGACAAGCCUUCCUCAGGACCCUUUCCAUCUCUUUGUUUAUUUUGGGUUGACGCUCAAUCAAAGUUGCCUUUCUCACAAGCUCUGAGCUUCAUAAUUCUCUGAAACUUCAUUAACAUGGACAGAUGAGAGGAAAAACAAACUUGAGAGGAACACUAAACAUCCAGACAACAUCAAGAACCAUCUUCAGUAUUACAGGAGAAAAAUGCUUCUUGCAUUGUUUAUCAAACUGUUUCAGGAGAUGUGGCCUAAAUUAGGUCGACAGCAGAGCUGAAGAGUUACUAUGCACGCACCUUUUGGCAACUUUCCUUGAACACCGAGUUACUGCAGAGGGACACAUACAUGGUUUUGAGUUCUUGCUCUACCGUGGGUCACUUGGAGGUUUUUCCAUUUGCUUGCCUCAGUAGCUGUGCCUUCCCCACCCUCCUUAAUUACAGCUAAUAGAUCACAAAUGUGCCCCUUUUGCUGAUGGUCAUCACCAAAACUGUCACACUUUAGAUUGGAUGUAGAAAGGAAACUUCUGACUUGGACCAUCAGAGAGGAUUCAUGCAGGAAUGGCACCGUGAACAACCUGUUGCAUUCAGCAUUAGUUUGAGAUAAUGCAGGUGGCGACGUGAUAUAAGGUGGAGAUGCAGUUCUUAGCCAAGAGGCAAAGACAUUGUGACAGCUACUGUGACACAGAACGUAUUUAAGUCUUUUUACAACAUAAGUCAUUCCUCUGCACCCUCUGCAGUCUGUGGUUGCUGGUUCACAAUCCUUUGCGUUUGGUGCCGAGGAUUCAAAUGAAUGCCAUUUAAUGUCAUAUGUUUGAGUAGACUGCAUGCUUUCUUUUUGUGCUGGGCUAUGGAGUAGAUACAUUUCAUUCCCCAUAUGGAAUAUAUUUAAGCAUCACAAAUAGUGAGCAUUAGGUGCUCCAAUGAGUGGGUAAAGUGUUGUUGUUAAAUACUUAUUUCCAGGACGUUUGGUUAUAGGACUGUACCAAAUCUCUGCCACAUAAGGAUGUAAUGUACUAUAUGAAGUGAUUACAGAUUUUAUUAUUCCUUUACAAGCCAUUAGCUCAUUUAGAGCAGCUGUUAAGGCAUGAAAGCAUUUUGAUGGUAAUUGGAUCUUAGGUCUCACAAAAGCUGCUAGUACUUUAGUUAAGAUUAGUAUUGACAAAGGGUUGCAAACCAGUAAAGAUCACACAGGAAUAAGUGACCCUAGGAGCUCAAGAAUUGGUGACUGGCUUUUACUGUUAAAGAUUUUCUGUUUAACCCUAAGAGUAGUGAUGCUCUAUGUAAAUAAUAAAACAGACAAAAGCACUAAAAAUGGAGAUGAAGCAAAACCAAAAAUCACUCCUUAGCAAAAUAGUAAGAGUCUGCAACAUUUGUUAUCCUCUUUGCAGGGAUGUGAACAUUUUUCUUUGUGUUUCAGUGAAGGCUGGUAUUGCAAAUAUCUUAGUCUGUGAGUCAGGAUAGCUGUGAAGCAAGUAAAUAGUCCCAUUCAAGAAAAAGCCUUGAAGUAAGUAGAUAAAGGUUUAUUCAGAUUAUUAUUAUUUGCCUGUGAAGGAUUACUAGUUAAUUAUUAGUUGCACUGUGGUAGUGAAUUCCCAUGAAUAAUGUUCUUCUGACCCUCAAUAUCUAAACUCUGUGGUUUCUAAUGGUUUUUAUUCAUGACAAAAGGAUUUGAGAGUUCUGUACCUUUUUCAAAGCUAAUUUUGUCCUACAGAGAUAAGAGCUUGUACAUUUUGUGCUGGUCAUUUAUCUUAAAAAUGACCUGUAGGCUCCCAGGAACAUUACUUCUUUUAAAGUCUGCUGAAGUUAUGAGCACCUUGAGGGAAGAACUGAUUCCUUUCAGUCCCCCCCCAAGGAAAUGUGCAGUGAUACAUAUAUAUAUACAUAAUUUUAUUUUUUUGUAGUGCAAUCAUUUAAUCCUCUCCAUAAAAUGACUUCAUUUUUGUUUCUAUAUUACUUUCAGUAUUUUUUGCACGGCCUGCUAACAGUGUUCCUGUCUACCCUUGCCCUAAGCACAGGAGAGGAAAGGGGAAGGGAGCUUUGAUUGCACAUUAAGUAAGUAUAGUAAGAUUUUUGUUGUGAGCGAGAGAGAGAGAUGGGGAAGGGUUACCCUGUGUAUGUGAAACUGCCAAAACUAGUAUUUGUGACAUUACGCACUCAUGGAAAGACCCCAACUUGCACUUUGGAGUUUCAAGUGAAGAAAUCUCAUUCUAAUGGUAAAUAGCAGUGGGAAUUCUUUGUUUGAACUGGAGAUGGAAAAUCAGGUAUUGUGAAUCCUCAUCCUACCUCUGCUGUGUGCAGACUGACAGUGAGAUAUUCCUAUAGCCCUGGUAUCUCAGUAUCUUUGAGUAAAAUGGGAGAUACUGAAUUUCCCUCAUAUCCAAUUAUGAUGCUGAACUCUAGUAUGGAUUCAAAAACUAAACAAAAAACUAAAGACCCUUCAGAGGAAAGCAAAGCAUUCACCCCCAUAUCCCCCUGUGCCCUACAAGAGUGUCAGUGGUGGCAUCCUAUGGAGUAGUCUGGAGCUGAAGCAGGGAAGAGCUACAAAGGUGUCUCGUGUCUCUCAGCACACUGACUCUCUGCAAAGGUAUGGGCUGAGUUAUUACAAUUCUCAUUCCUACUUUGCAUUUGAAUUAUUAUUUUUUUUCCAAAAUUUCACAUUUUUUCCUGUUUGACCAAAGGUUAAGUCACUCCUGCACUAUGAAUGUCCUGAGCAUGACUAGUAACUGCUUGCCCCGUGGCUGUAUGCAGCACGUGAGAUUUUCAGCAACUUCACAUCCUUGACAGUAUUCCUCCUGCUGAUUUGGGUAUAAUUGGGCAAUGGACUCCUUCAUUACUGGAGGUAGUGACAAAUUGGUAUACAUGCAAUCACCGUGAUGUCAAUCAAGGCCAGAAAGUAACCAGGCUUGAUCCUCCCCUUCUUUCACUGCCUAACACCACUGAAUGGAGUAUCAGUCCAAUGGUUGUUGUCUGGGCCAUAAGUGGCUGCAGCCCAACCUUGUCUGGACAUUGGCUUAUGUUGCCAGUCACAACAAAGCUGUGCGUGUGGUCUUAUAUUCUGUUUGUGUACGUAAUGAAAAGCCAUUCUUUUAUCCAUUGUUUUCUUAAGUCUCUGAGAUUACAAGCAGGAUUGAGUAUGAAAAAGGCCUUGUUUUUCCUUUCCAAAAAUACUCAAAGCCUGAUUUCUAAUAUAUGUGUUAUUAGAAAUAUUUAAGAAUAAGGAGAAAAAAAAGAGAGCCAAAUUCAAUGUUUCUUCUUGCAGCUAGAGCUGAAAUAGCUGCCAAGAUUUCCUCUCCCCAGCUAAGAAUUGGUACAGUUUGUUUCUUACAUAUUUUCCAUUGUGUUGAUAAUGAUGUAUUUGUAUAUUGUGGCUGAUGAGAGAUAAUCAGACAGGGAAAGAGCACAGAAUUACCUGUUCUUUUUUCCAGUCAAGAUGAAUGUAUGAAAUUAUUACAAGAAAAAAAGUGUGCAAAUGAGCUUUCUGUAAUUCUGACCUGUGUAAAACCACACUUUGUUUGAAAUUUAUAAAAACUAUAACUAGUACAAAACAUUGUGGUUGAUGUCUCUGUAUGAAGCAACAAGUCAAAUGAGAUUUCUUUCUAUUCAGAAGAAAUGAGUAUCAGUAAGGUCCCAUCAACACACCUGACAAAAAAAAACCAACAACAACUGAACUU